GCUAAUGUCACGCAACUCUAGCAACUCGAUUCGACAGUACAGAUAUUCGGCAACAACAUAACUUACACUAAGUGCAGUCAUAUUAGUAUUAAAAUAACAGUUAGACUUCAGAACUGAUUCAGAAAAGUUAUCCUAAGUUACAUUGCAUGCUAGUCACAACGGGACUGUAACACCACAACAACAACAACAAAAUGAAGGUGAGCGUGGCUAAUUUGGAGGGCGCCCUCAUCAGUCUUGAGGUGAGUCCGGAGAUCGAGCUCGAGAACUUCAAGGUCUUGGUGGAGAUGGAGGCAGAGCUCUCGUCGAGUCAGUGCGUCAUUCUCUACAACGGAAGGCCCAUGUUGGAUAUGAAGAAGACCUUGAGCGGGUACGGUGUUGCUGACGGUGAUGUCCUCCUGCUCCAACCAAGGAUGAUGAUGCCCCCACAGAAUCCGCAAGCACCUGGCCAACUGCCAGACUUUAGCAACAUCAGAAUACCAAGACCCUCCGCAGCGCCUGCGCCGACUGGGGCGGGGCCAUCCAGUGGAGCGGUUCCAAGACCUGGAGGCGGAGCCAUCGAGGAGGACCCAGCUAGACUGAUGGAGAUGCUGAAGUCCAACCCAGCCGAGAGGGCUAUCCUGAAAGAGAGGAACCCACCGCUAGCAGAAGCCCUGGAUGAAGGCAAUCUACAAAAAUUUACAGAGGUGCUAGGUGGACAGCGUAAAGAGAGAGCAGAGCGGGAGAGACAGCGUAUUCUGCUGCUGAAUGCAGACCCCUUUGAUCUCAAUGCACAAACCAAGAUAGCAGAAGCUAUAAGAUUGCAGAAUGUAGAAGCCAACAUGGAAACUGCCAUGGAGCAUGCACCAGAGAGCUUUGGUCAGGUUGUCAUGCUGUAUAUUGAUUGUACGGUCAAUGGUCAUCCUGUCAAAGCCUUUGUAGAUUCAGGAGCCCAGAUGACUAUCAUGAGUCAGGCUUGUGCUGAGAGGUGUAAUAUCAUGAGACUGGUAGAUAAACGAUGGGCGGGCGUGGCCAAGGGCGUCGGCACACAAAAGAUCAUCGGCAGGGUACAUCUAGGUCAGAUUCAGAUUGGUGGUAUUCACCUUCAAUCAUCGUUCUCAAUCCUGGAAGAUCAACCUAUGGACAUGCUUCUGGGUCUCGAUAUGCUCAAAAGACAUCAGUGCUGUAUAGACCUAAAGAGGAACUGCCUGGUCAUAGGAACCACAGGGACGGAGACGCCAUUCCUCAGCGAGGCCGACAUACCGGUAGUAGACCGUAACAGCCAAGGGGUGCCUAUGGACAUGAGAGAGGCAGAGGAUAGGCAUCUAGCAGAGGCACUAGCCAAAUCAGCUGCAGAAUCAGACGGACCUUCAACAUCAGGCUCUGGCAGGAUCUUAGGGUCACCAUCGGGCUCCACCCCCUCGCCGUCUUCAUCCUCAUCCUCAAGCGCUGCCGCCUCUCGAAUGUUCCCCGAAGCGGACGUCAAGAAGCUCGUCGACAUGGGCUACCUGCGGGAUCAAGUCCUCGAGGAACUCAGGAAAAAUGGAGGCAAUGUGAACAAAGCCAUGAUGGGCCUCUUUGCAAAGUCAGUAUCGGUUCCAAAACGGUGACCCACUCGCGAGUGUGAACAGUGUCCUCCGCGUCAGGAUUUCAUUCCGAUAAUUUGUUACAAGUUUUGAUAUAUCCUGUUUCUGAUAGUGUCUUUGAGUUUUCCUCCCCUGAUACGUUAGUAUCUCAGCGAGUCAAGUGCUUCCAACUGCUAUUUCAAAAAAAAAGUUGGGUUCUGGUAAAGUUGAAAAAUAAUUUGCAAAGUAGAAAUGUCCCCUGUAUAGGAUAUCUCUUCAAAUUUUCUCAUAUUCAGAUUACGAUAGGAACUAGCAGGAAAGUUUGGACCAAACUUCAAUGCCACACAUGUUUGUAGUCCCAUAAACCCGUUUCUCUGUGCAGUGCACGUGACUUCCAGCAAGAUCGAGUCUAUCUCUUAUCAAUUUGAUGAUUCCUAAACCUCACAGUAUACACAAAUUCUGAUGUACAUGUACUUCAUAAUCAUCCUUUUCCCAAUUGCUCUAACUUUAUUUCACAAUGUAAUUGCAUGACCAGAACUCAACUUUAUCUUAAACCCCAACAGCAUUAUGCUAUUCACAAAAAAUUAUUGAUGUUGGAUUGUUUAUUAUUACACGUUAUGUAUGUGUUUUAUUUACCCCAAAAGCGGUCGGGUUAUUUUGACCAACUCACUGCCGCGGAUGACCAAAGCGUAAUGCAAAUUGACACUAAGGUAUAUCAACAUUAAUUGAAUGUCCUGAUUGAGUUUUUAAAGAUGCCUUGAGUAUAAGUAAUGAUUUUUCAUGCGUUUAUACUUGGAAAUGUGGUAUUAGAAUUUGUAUAGAACCUUAGACAAAAUGAGGAAAGAUUGGUGCAAGUCAGAAAAAUAACCAAUAUGUUUUAACAAUUAAAAAAAAAAAAUAAAGACGGCAUAUCCCUUGGUCCCUUCAGAAAUGAAGGUUUAUACGGUUUUUAUUCUAAAAGAGUUACAGUGGUGGCUCUAAUAUCUAGAUAUCUAGGUAUCCAGCACAUAAGGUACCAUCACUUGUCCAGCCUUACUAUUUAUUUUGUGGAGUUUGAGGCUUUGGUCUUAAACUAAUUUUAUUUGUCAUCAGUUUUCCUUUGGCAAUACCUCAUCACUGGAAACUUACGCACAUAUGAAAUGGUUGCGAAUUUCGCAAGUUGUUGAGAUUCCCGAAACUUUCAUGCAGCAAAGUGAUGGAAUCACAACUGAGGCAACAAUGAGUUGUGCAAUUCUUGAAGCUUCUUGCCGUGAAAAUCCCUGUCAGUUACUAAUCACAGAAGUUUCAUAUUGUGAAAGUUUCUUUAUUUACGGACCAGUAUUUGUGACACAUUCCAACCGUUCCCAACAAUUUAUAAUAAACAUAAGUUCACUGAACUUUUGUUAGUGUUGCAUGUUUGCACCACAUUCUCAAAUACAUUUUGCAACACAAGUUGAAGACUGUUAAUCAUUGCACCGCAUACACUCUCCUUUUGUUGUUUUAUUACAUAGCUUAGAGAACGUAGUGGCAUGAAAAGGCGCUUUUGGAACCCUAAAUGCAUAAUAUUUCAUGAUGUUUGUGAAUUAAAGGUUCUUUUUUUACCUAUCUGAAUGAAAUUUUAAGACACAUUGGCCCGAAUUCACAAAGGAGGUUUGUCGACAAACCUAGGUUUAUGUGCGUCAUAUGACGCGUUUUGACUCACAUAAACCUAGGUUUGUCAACGAACCUCCUUUGUGAAUUCGGGCCAUCAAGCGUAAUCAAGAUAGUUCAUGUUUUUACCAGCUCUAUAUUCUGACAAUGUGGUUCUACCUCUACAUGUAUACCAUAAAAUGAUGGAUUUUCAUCAAUUACGCAUUUUGUGUUACGUGCCACUUCAUUUUGCUAAGCUACCUUAUAAGAUGACAAGAUUAAUCUAUUGUAUGUUGUGCAGAAGCAACGUUUUAAAGUUUUCAUCCAUAUAUAUUUUGUUUCAGUGUGGACAUGCACACCUAGAGCCUUAGAUAACCAAAGAAAAUCUUGUUAUGGGUAAAUCAAUGCUUGCAAUAUUGUCUUGUUUGUGUCCAGCUGGUUAUCUCAUGGAAUUGUGAAGCAAACGCUCAUAGCUACUCGUUAUUAUCGUCACUUUGUACCUUGUAACAGUAAUGUGAUUAAUACCAGAAGCAUUUAUAUCUUAGAAGGGAUUCCUUGUUGUUUGGGUUUAUUAUGUCAUUGUCUCUUGAGAUUUUUU